UCCCGUGGAGUAGUUGCAGGAGUUAGCAGAGGCGGUACAAUUAUCACUUUAAAAGUUCAACUUAAAUGAAUUUGUUUUAAUGUGAACCACCGGCGGAAAAAGGAAAAGAUAGCUGCCAUGACUGUAGUGAUUGGAUUUGAGGGCAGUGCCAAUAAGAUCGGCAUUGGAAUCAUCAGGGAUGGUGAAGUACUUUCCAACCCUAGACGGACCUACAUCACACCUCCUGGUCAAGGGUUCAUGCCGAGUGACACUGCCAGGCACCACCGUGCUGUCAUCCUGACUGUCCUGAAGGAGGCGCUGGAGCAGGCAGGGCUGAAACCUGCAGACAUUGACUGUGUGGCAUACACCAAAGGUCCUGGUAUGGGUGCCCCCUUGGUGAUAGUGGCUCUGGUGGCUCGUACAGUCGCACAGCUGUGGGGGAAGCCACUCCUUGGUGUCAACCACUGUAUCGGACACAUUGAGAUGGGUCGACUCAUCACACAAGCCAACAACCCUACCGUGCUGUAUGUCAGUGGAGGGAACACACAGGUUAUUGCAUACUCAGAGCGGCGGUAUAGAAUAUUUGGGGAGACCAUCGACAUUGCAGUUGGCAACUGUCUGGACAGAUUCGCCAGAGUCAUAAAGAUUUCCAAUGACCCCAGUCCAGGCUACAACAUAGAGCAGAUGGCCAAAAAAGGGAGUCAGUAUGUGGAGCUGCCGUAUACAGUAAAAGGAAUGGACGUCUCAUUUUCUGGGAUUUUAUCCUAUAUUGAGGAAGUUGCUCAUAAGAUGCUGAGUUCUGGUCAGUGUGCAGCAGAGGAUCUGUGUUUCUCCCUACAGGAGACCGUGUUCUCCAUGCUGGUGGAGAUCACAGAGAGGGCCAUGGCUCACUGCGGCUCCCAAGAGGUCCUCAUCGUGGGGGGCGUUGGCUGUAAUCUGCGUCUGCAGGAGAUGAUGGGGGUGAUGUGUAAGGAGAGAGGAGCCAAGCUGUUUGCCACAGAUGAAAGAUUCUGCAUAGACAAUGGAGCAAUGAUAGCUCAAGCCGGCUGGGAGAUGUUUAGGUCUGGUCAGGUAACGAAGCUGGAAGACUCAUGGAUUACACAAAGGUACAGAACCGAUGAAGUGGAGGUGACGUGGAGAGACUGAUCAUGCCACGGGUUGUUGCAACUGUCUGUUAUGUUACUCCACUGACCAUGUACUGCAAUAUGGGAAUAUUAAGCAUUUUUCUUGAAAUGUGUCCAAAUUUUUUAAUUUAAGAUUCUUUUCCUUCAUUCUUACUUACUUUCCCCACUGACCUUAGUUCUGCUUAAAGUUGCACAUGGCAAUGUCACUCUUUGGUACGUGAUCUCCUGAGAUGCAGUUCCAUUUCCAAAUUUAAUGAUUUGCUACCCUUAAUUUUUCAAUAUUUCUACACAAUUUAGUGGUGGUAAAUUUAAAAAAGAGGUUCUGGCGAGUUACACUAUUAAUAGUGAUCAGCAGGAUUGUGCAUUUCCUAAAAUAGCAAAGGCAUGACCUACCCCACUCUGCCUUUAAUAGGCUUUUGACAUUACUACGCUAGCCAAUGUCACUUUUUGUACAAACCCAACCAACAAAAUCAAAAAGUACUAACCGAUCAGAGGGAGUUAGGUGGCUCAUGUCUUCACUAUCCUUGGCAACGCCAAUUAACUAUCUGCACACAGUAGGUCCCUGAUGGUCACUGCUCACCUACAACAAAGCUGAAAACGUUAGUGCAGCUUUUCAUUUUGAAUAUUUCUGGCUCAGAAAACUGGGGCACGUUAAUCUGCAAUCAAUGUCUAUCAUUUUGCUACAGUUUACAUGUUGAUAAAGUGCUUCUGGAAAGAAACGCGCUUAGAGGUAAGGAUUCUCUCAUUUGGCAGGAUGUGUUGCCCAAUUAGCAGUGACGUGUAUAGAAACCAAAUGAUAGCAGGUCUUUACUUUUUUUUUUACAUAAAGUCUUUGUUAUUUUACAUUUUUCUUCUUUUUCUCUGGGUUGAACGCAGCUUGUGGUAAAAGAUUUACUGAUUACUCGGUUACAAAUUGGUUUCAGGUAUCAUGCUCUUGUAAUCGUCGGGGAGGGAAACAUUAACAGAAAUGUGAUAUUUAGUCUCAUCAGUAUGUGCAGUAAAUCUGAACUUCAAACAAAAACAAGAGGAUCAAAUCGGAAUUUUUCAAGUUUAUUCAUUUUUAUUAAGCAAUACUGUUCACUUACAUUCCUCCUAUUUCUCCAGUGUAAUUUUUUUUUUAUUCAAUAAAUUUUCUUUUCAAAAAUCAACAUACUGAACAUGGUGAGAUCCCUCAUGGAUUCAUGGGUAACAUUCGCCCGAUUAGGGAACCAAAUAAAAACAACAAAAACAAAAUGGACACAGCAUUAAGAUCUGACAGGGGUAAAGGGUGAACACAACUGUGCCUUUGACUGCACCCCUCUGUAAACUGAAGACACGGAUUCACAAGUCCUCUGCAUACAUUAACCAUAAAACUCAAGCAGGUACAAGACAUUCUUCUGUUUGUCAUUGAGAAGGGGGAUAUUAGAAAUCACUCUGGUGAGGGUUUUUCGCACACAGGGAUUGGUCACAACAAAUUUAACAAAGUGCUUG